UCAGGGAGAGAUGCGCAGGCAGGCGGGUUUGGGAAGGUGCCGCUUUAUGGCUACCCGGGAAUCCAGCGGCUGGGCUGGCUCCAUCCCCGCUCCGUCUGCUCUUUGUUAGCGUUUUCCCGGGGAGUGCUGCGUGGGAAGGCAGGAGGCAGCAGGAGCUGUCAGGAGGAUGACUUUGUUCCGCACGCUGCCUCUCCAGAGCGGCGUCGCUUUGUUUAAGCUCCCGUAAGCCAUUUAUCGCCGCACCGCCGUCACGUUUUAACGAGCUCUGAGCCCUUGCUGCUCUUCACCCUCGCAAGGCAGCGGGCAUCGCCUCCGCUUCUCACCCAGCCCCCCGCAACCGGAGCAGGGAGAAGAAUGUUCCCCAUCCUGACGUCUGAUCACUCCUGCUAGAGCAGAGUCUCCAUUUCAGAGAGGGUGCAGGACUGUGUGAAGGCAGAGUGCCACACUCCACCCAACCAAGAGAGGAGGCCAAGGCUGGAGUUUCUCUGACUUCGUCUGGCAUUGUAGGCAUGAUCAAUUUGUUUAAGAAGCCUUACAAGAAGAAAGCUGGCAAGUUCCAGCCCUUCAAGAAGCUCUUCGGCAGGAGGAAGAAACGGGAGCCGGUGUGCGACUGCGAGGAGAGCAAGCUGAAGCCCAGCCACUCCUUCGGCAACAUCUGCAACAGCUCCUCCUCCGAUGAAGAGCCCAGCGGUGGUCUGAGGUCCUCCCACUAUUCUAUGGGCAGUAGAGCUUUCUCCCAUGACAGCAUCUUCAUACCUGAUGGGAGACCAGAGAGUGACCAGGCCAUCCAAGCAAUGUCACAGGAGAACGUCUUGGGAAAAGUCAAAACUCUCCAGCAACAGUUGGCCAAGAAUAUAAAGUUUGGGCAGCCUCCACAAAUGACAGUUUCUGUGAGGGCCAUGGAGGAGGCCAGUGCUGGUGUGGAAGAGGAUGUGUUGCUCAGUACCCCCAUGGAGGUUGAGCCUCGGCAGGAUGCAGACAGUGGUAAUAAAUCUGCUGACACUCCAGAGCUUGGGAGGACACUGAAUUUUCCUGGAACGGGACGUGACAUGGAAGAGAAGGUUCCUCCAAUCAAAUCCUCUCGACCAAAAAGACAAUUUUCCUGUUCUGGCACAAUUGAAACAAUCAAUUUGGAUGCAGUUCCCCAGGCUGUUGCUCGUCUAGACAACAGUGCAGCCAAACACAAGCUGGCAGUGAAGCCAAAAAAGCAGAGGGUGUCAAGAAAGCACAAGAGAUUAACAAAGGGCUCACAAAGUUUAACCAUCACAGAGUUUGAGCCAGACGACCUAGAGCCGGAGCUGUACGGAGACAGGUACCCAGGUUACAACGGACACAUCCCAGCAGAGAAGCUAAUCCAGAGCAGAGCUGAGCAGAGGCAGCUGCAGCUGGCAGAGCAGAGGCGGAUUGAAGACCACUGGGGCAUCCUGGAGGCUGAACGGAUACGGCAGGUCGUAGAAAUGGAGGAACAAAGAGAAAUGGAAGAACAAAGGUGCCAAGAGCUUGAGCAGACACACAAAGAGCAGGAGAGAAGGCGCUGUGCAGAAGAGAGGCAGCCUGUGCUUGAAGGAGAGGCAACUCUGAACAUAGGAGAUCAAGCACGCCACAAGGAGAGAAGGGAAGAUGAAAUGAGGCAAGAGCUGGAGGAGCAAAGGCACCAGGAGCCGAAGAAGCAUAGACAGGAGCUGAAGGAGCAACAGAGACAAGACCUGGAGGAGCAGAAGUGUCAGGAACAAGAGGAGCCAAAGAUACAAGAGCUGGAAGAGCACAGGCACCAGGAGUGGGAGGAACAACAGAAGCAAGAGAUGGAGAAGCAGAAAAACCAGGAACAGGAGGAACAGAGGCAAGAGUUGGAGGAACAGAGGCAAGAGUUGGAGGAGCAGAAACACCAAGAACAGGAGAAGCAAAAGAGACGAAAGCUGGAGAAGCAGAAACAUCAAGAACAGGAGGAACAACAGAGCCAAGAGCUGGAGGAGCAGCAACACCAGGAACAAGAGGAGCAAAAGAAACAAGAGCUGGGGGAGCAGCAACACCAGAAACAAGAGGAACAGAGCCAAGAGCUGGAAGAGCAGCAACACCAGGAACAGGAGGAACAACAGAGCCAAGAGCUGGAGGAGCAGCAACACCAGGAACAGGAGGAGCAAAAGAAAGAAGAGCUGGAGGAACAGAAGGUCCAGGAACAAGAGGAGCAAAAGAGACACAAAGUGGGGGAGCAGAAGCUGCAGGAACAGAGACACCAGGAGCUGGAGAAGCAGAAGCACUGGGAACAGGAGGAGCAGAGGUGCAAGGAGCUGAAGGAGAAAGAGAGACGAGAGCUGGAGGAGCAGGAGAGGCUAGAGCUGGAAGAACUGAGGCAGGGUGAGUCUGAAAAGCAGGGUCAGGAGGAAGGAGGAGGGACACAAAAAGAACUCAAGGAACAAAAUGAGGAAGAAAAACAGAGACAAGAGCUUGAGGAGAAAGAUCUUCAAGAAGCUGAAAUAAAACUGAAGCAUGAGAAAGAAGCUGAGAGCCUCAAACAACAGAACAAAGAGGAGGAACAAAGGCAGUACUGGAGGGAGAAGGGAGAACAGACAGAGAAGGAACCCCAGCAAGGAGUGGACAGGAGAAAGAAACGGGAAGAGCACAAAAAACACAAGCUCACGAAGCAAAUGCACUUGCAAAGUGCAGAGAGUGUGCUGCAAGAGGAGCCGGUGCCUCGGGAGGAACAGAAGGAACCGGCAUGCAACAAGCUGGAGGAGCAGAAGCUAAACGCAGAAGGACAAAACCCUCCUCAGAAGCACCAAGAAAAAGGCCGGGAGCAGCUGCAGGACAAGGAGCAGUUGUGCUCCGGAGGGGCUGACAGGCAGGCAGCAGAGCAGAGGCUCCAGGAAGGAUCACGACCCCAGAAACUCAAAGGAGAAAGGGGAGAUAAAAGUGCAGAAGAAGUCCUGGCCCAGAAACUGAAGAAAGAAGUUGAGGCUCAGGAGCAAAAGCGGAUAGGGGAAGAACUUCGGUGGCAAGAGGUGGACGAAAGGCAAACUGCGUCGAGAGCCUUCACGUUUCAGGUGUCCUCCGGAGACAAGCAGAUCAUCUUCCCCAAGGUCAACCUGAGCCCAGUCACGCCGCUCAGAGGCCUCUCCUCUGCCGCCGGCAAGGAGUGCGGGGCGCAGGCGGGCGGGCAGGGCCCCCCGGCGCUGCCGGCCGCGGGCUGCGUGCCCCACACGGCCAUCCUGGUGACCGGCGCGCAGCUGUGCGGCACGGCCGGCAGCCUGCGCCACAUCAGGGACUCGGGCUGCAAGUCGCUGCUGGCCCUGGCGGAGGAGAGGCGAAGCGUGGAGGUGCCCUCGCCGGAGAAGGCCCGGAGGAGGGCCCAGGAGGCCAGGCCCAGCAAAGGCAGGCUCGCCCAGGAGGCGGCGGAGAGCCAGGCGGUGCUGGCCGAGUGGGCGUCCAUCCGCUCCAGGAUCCUGAGGGGCGCCGAGGGCAGCCGCUACGGCGAGCGGGAGCGCGGCGGCUGCCGGCACAGCGACGACUGGAGCCCCCGCGGGCGGGCUGCGCCCCACGGCCACCUGCGGAAAACCCUCUCGGCCAGCGCCAAGUUCUCCAUCACGCCGGCCUGGCAGAAGUUCUCGGAGGCGCCUAGAGCCGGCCCGGGCGCCGAGAGCGGCGGCAGCGGUGCCCCCGCGGGGGCCGCGCCCGGAGCCGCCAAGGAGGCGGCAGCGGCUGCCGCUGCCAGGGAGAGCUCGGCCGGGAGGGCCAAGGGGAAAGCGGAGGCCCACGGGGACGCGGCAGACAGCACGGAGGGAUGUAAAUUCGCUAAAGAUCUUCCGUCGUUCCUAGUCCCAAGUUUUCCUCCUUCUCCAGGUAAGGAAUCAUCCCAGGUCGAGCUCCCCAGCGCCGCGGAAAGUCAGCAGAGCAAAGCAGCAGACAAAGCGGCACCGAACGGAGAGGAGAACGUUUCUCCUUUCGGGAUAAAGCUGCGGAGGACAAACUACUCCUUACGCUUCCAUUGCGAGCAGCAAGCGGAGCAGAGGAAGAAGAAAAGGUACAGCGCGGGGGACAGCUUCGAUGGUGUGCCCGACCCGCUGCUGGCGGCCGAGGCGGACAGGGAAGCCUCUGUCUUUGCCGCCGAGGAGAGCUCAGCCCCCGGCACGCCGAGGGGGAGCGCCCAGCCUCACUCCAGGGACCCCUCGGGGACAGUGGCGGAGGGCACCGCAGCCGUCCCGCCGGCCGCUGCCCACAGCGCUUCGCCCCUGCGGGAGAGAGCCGCCUGCAAGGCAGCGGCCGCACAGAAGCCUGCCCUAGCGCCGAAGCCCUCCAGCCAGACCCCGCCGGCGUCCCCUCUCGCCAGGCUCAACAGGUCAAACCUCGCUGAGGCGCUGGGCCAGAGGCUGGCCAAGGCUGAGGCAGAGAGCGGCUGGAGGAAAGAAGAGAGAGCCCAUGCGGUGCACCCCGCGCCAGGCAGCGAGUACAGGAAUGAAGAGGAGGAGACCCGAGAAAAGAAAUCCUUCUUCCCGUCGCUGAGUAUCCCCUGGAGAGAAAAAAACGACAGAAAGCCUGAGCCGCCCAAGAAAGACAAGCCUGUCCUGCAGAGCAGGCACUCCUUAGACGGCUCUAAGUUGAUGGAGAAAGUGGAGAGCUCCCAACCGCUCUGGAUUACGCUGGCGCUGCAGAAGCAGAAGGGCUUUCGUGAGCAGCAGGCUACCAGGGAGGAGAGGAGACAAGCCAGGGAGGCAAAGCAAGCAGAGAGGCUGGCUAAGGAAAUGGCUGCUGCAAGCAAUCAGUCAGACAGUAAAAGCACCAGCAGCAGCAAACCAAGCACACUGCAGAAAUCGGCGACUCAAGAAGGGGAGAAGAAAAUGGAGACUGCUGUGACAAGGCUGGAAAGGAGGGAACAGCUGAAGAAGUCCAACACCCUUCCAACCUCUGUGACAGUGGAGAUUUCAGAUUCUGUUCCACCGACACCGCUGGCAAAGGAGGUGGCCAAGAGGUUCUCCACGCCCGAUGCAAACCCUGUGUCAACAGAACCAGCCUGGCUGGCCCUAGCCAAAAGGAAAGCAAAAGCCUGGAGUGACUGUCCACAGAUCAUCAAGUAAAGUGACAAGUGACAUCCCUGCUGCAGCCCAUCAAUUGCUUCCUUUUAUUUAUUCAGCUUUUUACACAGGGAAAAGGUGCAAAUGCAUGUAUUGAAAGAACUGCAAACUGAACUGGUCCCCCUUUUGCUCUAGCUCACCAUAAAGUCUACUCCACUCAUAGCGUCAUUUGCUUGGACCAAUAGCUGAUGAGGGGGCAUGGCAAAGAUUCUACAGCCAGACUCCCUCGACAAGCUGAGAGUGCUCAGACACUGCCUGGCAGCUUCAGCAUCACCCUAAAGACCACACCUUCAGCUCAGGAGCUCCUUGCGUUCUGUGAGUGUUCGGUUCUGGAACUGCAGCUCUCUGCCCAGGGACUUUGUCAGCGCUCCCUUGUUGAAAAUGAAGGCAAGAUGCAUGUUGCCUUCUCUUCUUUCAUUUUAAGUGUUAAACUGUAGGGGCUGUCAGUCCUGCUCUCCGAAAGCUUCCUCACCAAGGCCAUGCCAUUCAGCUGCAAAGGCUAAGCAGAAGGCUGCUACCAGCCAAAGGCUGAGCUCAUGUCCUUCAUCACAGGCUGAAUGCACCAUGCCUGCAGUCCCUCACUCCUAGGAAGAGAACAUUUUAUCCUACCUUUAAAGAAAAGAAAUGAUUGAGGCAAAAACUCAGUGUCUGAAAGAAGCCAGGGAGUCAGUGGUCACUGUGGGCAUUGGUGCAUCCCUGUUUGAGAGUUUGGCCAUGUUUAAGAUGCACAGAGGCAGCCACUGUAGGCUACAACCUGCAAUCAGUUGACUGGAACUAGAGUGAGCAAACUGCUCCUGUGCUCCUGUAACUGCAGAAUUUGUCUCAGUUCCUAGAGGAGGAAGAUUUGCAGAACUUAACUGAGAACAGAAAAUGAAGCCAGUCAGUCUCAGGAGUGUUUAAUUCUGCCUUCUGCCUGGUUUUACUCCAUGUGCAGCUCCAGGAAGGAGCUUACUCAGCCCAUCUCAGGUUAUCUGCUGUGGCAAUCCAACACUUUAUUAUGCUUGUCACUAAAACAGAAAUGGUCACACGCUGCCUCUUACAAAAGAGGACAAAGUCCAUGGUGUAAUAAAAAUGUUGCUGUCCUCACUGUCCCACAGGAAGAGCUGGGGCUACACUUUGAGAAGUCACCCUAGUAAAUACACACCCGAGUUUGUUCUACAAGGAAGCCUCUAACCACUCUAAGUGGCUCCUUUUUAUGACCACAAAGGUUCAUCUGGGCUUACAGCAUCGUCCAGGGAGACAUUUCCAUCAGAAGUUGCUUCAUUACAGUAACUGUCUCACCACACUUGGUUCAUGGGAGUAUGGUAGCCAAACUGCUGGAUGCAGCCUGAGUAGCAGCACUUUACCUGAUGCAGGAAACAGAAGGAAGCCUGCCCUGUCCUCCCCUCCCAAGGCUCACAAAGGGCUUGGCAGCAGAAGUCAUGCCUGAAGACACUCCCAUCCAAAAGCUCAGUCCCAUGGUGACAACAGCAAAAGCACAAUGGCCACACUGCCCUCAGCAGAUGUGCAGCAGCAAGAGGGCUUCCCUUGGGUCUCUCUAAGCCAUGGGGUUUGGUCAGUUUCCUCUGUAACCCCUGCUGUAAGUAUUAAAAAGGUUCUAUACAGAGAGAGGUCACUGCUGCUUUCAGACCUCUGAGGAAAAAAAGACCAAAGCCUUGCAAGUCAGAUCUCUGCAAGCUCACCUGAAGAACUGGCCAGGAGGAUUUUUGCUCUGCCAGCACCAUGACUUGGUGCAGCUUAGCUAAAUCUGCACUUCUUCAGCGUCUCUACACUUGUAAUCACAGGAACUCAACUGCCUCAAAUCUACCUUCACGAGUCUUUCUCAAGAGAAGGAGCCAGGCAGAAAUACAGAGAAGAUGAAGUAAAUGAGGAGCAAGAGUUAAGAUGUUGGCACCCUGCAAAGCACAGCAAGAGGAGGUGCAGUUGUGGGUGAGGCAAGGAUGCAGCUUCCCAGUCCAACCCAUUUACAGCACUCAAAACAGAGCCUCUGCUGAAGAUGGGCUUCAGCUGAAGCUUCAAAGCAGAGGCUUUCCUCACCCAUAAAGGCAUCUGGUGUCACCCUGGGUGCUGGUUCUGACGUGGAUGCGUCCAGCAGCGACACUGCACGGUCAGUUAACACCAGUCUGCCCUACACAGCACUCAGGUGUGGCUUUGUGGCAGCCCUGUCUAAGGAAGUGUUGGGCAUGUGUAAAAAUAACCCCAAGCCCUCAGCAGUGAGCUGGGAACAGCAAAGCUGGUGUCAGAACUGGACAAACCACUCUGUAGUAUAGCACUGUCUCCACUUUUUGUAACUUCCACACCCAAACCACCAUUCCUCCUGCCCAGGUUAGAGCUGCUGAAGCUCUCUGUUGAGGCAGCACUGGACACAGUGGAGCAGAGGUAUAAUUGUGGGGUAUUUGUUGUGUACUUUUUUAAUUUUUCAACUGUUUCAAAGUGCAAUUGUUUAUUAUACUGAUGUCAUUUGGAUUCUUAGUAAACUAUAACCCAGGCAAGUCUA